UUAAGCGAUGGCGAGUUCAUCGAAAUGUCACAGUACCACCGUAUGCCCAAGCUGUGGCAGAUGGACAACUACGAGGCAUGCCUUGAGUCGGCCGGUCCCGAUGAGCCAAGUGACGUGUACUGCUCCAGCACGGUCGUUAUCAAGCCAGAUAAUCGCUCAGAACUGUGGCAUCUGAUUGAGGACUUUUCCAGCGAUUACAAGCGUCACUAUAACCAUGGAGUGCUGAAGCGCGGCGUGUGUAUUAAGAGUUGUCAAAAAAUACUGGAAAAACUAUCCCCAUCGGAACGGCAAGCGCUAAUAGUGGAUAAGUUUUCCAUCAAUACUACGUACAAAUUCGAUGAAAGUGUCUUAAAAGACUCGACUGCUGACCGCGUUAUGUAUGAGGAGAUGGUUGGUAUUUGCAUCAACAAGCAGCUCAACGAUUCGUAUGGCUUGCUCGCUUACGUAGAGGUGCAAUCGUGCGAUAAAUCAUCGAGCGAACUUGAAAUGGAUACGCUCGAUGUGUCCUUCCUAGUUAUUCUGUGCACGCUGAUAAGCUUACUCAUGCUGUCGUCCUGGUACGAUAGCUCGAUCAACUACAAACAAAAUCCCGAUCACUACAAGCAAGCGCUUGAUAGCAAACGAAAAAUGAUUUGGGUAUCGUUCUCAAUCCAACGGAACUGGUACCGACUGACGUCACGCUCGCACGAUGAAAUGAGCAAAAAACUACGCUUCUUUCAGGCGGUUAGAUUUAUAACUAUGAUGCUGGUUAUUUUCGGGCAUGCUACACUAUUGAUCGCCAUCACACCAAUCACAAAUGCAGAGAAACUUGAGCAGAUUAUGCAUAAUAUUGGCAGCAUGAUUCUCACGAAUGGAGUACAAAUUACGCAGACGUUUCUAGCUAUGAGUGGCACGCUGUUAACGAUUCAAUUUCUAGAUUAUGCUGAAAAGCGCAACGGACGAGUAAACUUUUUCUACGUGCCAAUAGCGAUCAUGUACCGAUACAUUAGGUUGACUCCGGUAUAUGCGUUCAUGAUACUCCUGCAUGCCACGUGGUUACUUAAACUGCAUUCAGGUCCCAUUUGGCGGUGGGCCUCCGAGACGGAACAGGUGUUCUGUCGCCGCAACUGGUGGACAAACCUUUUGUACAUUAAUAAUCACGUACACGCCGACCAGCCGUGUGUUCAACAAGGAUGGUAUCUUGGUGCUGAGUUCCAAAUCUUUAUCAUUGCCAUAAUAGUGUUAGUUGCAGCCGUAAAGUAUCCUCGUGCCAAAACCACCAUACUGGCGGUCGUAAUUGCCGCAGCCUACAUCAUACCAGCCGUUUCCAUUUAUUACCAGGAGCUUCAGGGAACGUUCCUGGUCAUGUUGGAAGCUCAACGGUACGUACUGUGGUUCGAUAAGUUCUACCUGAAGGCGUACAUCCCGACGCACAUCAACUUCGGUAACUAUAUGCUGGGCGUGCUGACAGGAUUCGUGUAUGACUUUCUCCGCAAGCGGUCGAUUAACCCCGUCGAAAGCAAGCCUUUCCGCGUCGUGUGGUACUUGAACUUACUGAUAAUGCCCCUAUCGAUGCUGCCUUCGUACAUAUUCUACCUGUACGAGUUCGAAACACCGUCCAUUUGGAUGGCGAUCUAUUUUGCGGUGUUUAAGAAUCUGUUCGGCAUCGGCAUUGGUAUAUUUGUCAUCGGUUGCAUCUACGGUGUGAAUGCCACAUUGCUGCGAAUACUGAACUAUCCGUUCUUCGAGCCUCUGGGACGGUUAGCGUACGGUGCCUAUCUGGUCCAUCCGUUCGUUAUGCGUUUCAUGUACGCCAGUGCCCGUGGGCCGGUCUACUACAACGAUCUGACGACGAUAACGCUGGUAGCUGGAGCUACAGUGAUAUCCUGCUUGGCAGCGUUGCUGUUGUGUUUGUUGCUAGAACUUCCUACUUCAGCAUUGCAGAAUCAGCUAUUUGGUGACUUGAAAGCAGCCUCGGUUGGCAUUUUGACGUCGAUCGUAGUACGCAUGUCGCAGUUCACAAGCACGAUCGGCUACUGCGAUGAGCCGUGCGAGGGUAGGAAAAUAGUUACCUAA